GCCGGGCCGGGCUGGGCUGGGCUGGGCUGGGCUCCCCGACGGCAUGGCGGGCAACGGCAGCCGCUUCGCCGCGAUGUCGCUGAUGCAGCUGCACGAGCUGCUGGAGGACGAGGAGCAGCUGACGGGGAUGGUGCAGGAGAUGGAGGAGGCUCAGAGUGUUCAGCUUAACAAAGAAAUGACUCUUGCCAACAACCGAAGCCUGGCAGAAGGAAAUCUUUUGUACCAACCACAAUUGGACACUCUGAAAGCGAGUUUGACCCAAAAAUACCAGGAACUCCAGGCACUCUUUGAAGCCUAUCAGAUAAAGAAGACCAAAUUGGAUAAGCAAUCCAGCAAUGCUUCCCUGGAGACCCUGUUAGCGCUUCUUCAAACCGAAGGGGCCAAGAUCGAAGAAGACACAGAGAACAUGGCAGAGAAAUUCCUCGAUGGGGAAGUCCCUCUGGAUUCCUUCAUCGACGAGUACCAGAGUAAGCGGAAACUGGCCCACCAGCGGCGUGUGAAAAUCGAGAAACUCCAAGAGCUGGUGUUGAAGGGCCAGAGACUUCCCCAGGCCCCGGCCCAGAUGCAGCCCAGGCUGCCCGAGCCGACUCCGGCCCCUCCGAUGCCCUACCCCACUUCGGAUCCCAGCGGGCCACCCUCUGUCAUGCCCCGGCGGAUACCGCCCCCGCCCCCUCCGGUCCCCGCAGGACGCUCUGCGACUCCGUUUACGGUGGCCAUGGGCUCGGGGCAGGGCACUCCGUACCCGGGGUUGCAGUGCCCUCCCCUCCCGCCGCGAGUGGGGCUCCCGCCCGCCGGCGCCAGUUCCCAGCUGGGAUACCCGGCCUACCCGCCAGCCCUCCCUCAGAGGCCGCCCCCGCGGCUCCCGCCCCACCCCGGCUUCAUCCUUCAGUGAAUACCGGACUCCACCUCUCCCCGGGGUUUUGGUGCUUUCCAUUUUAAUGAGUCCCGUCCCCUAGACUCUUACCUACAGGCCGGGGGAGUGGGGGCAGGGGCAGGGGGUCACCUCUGGGCUCUGUCUGCACCAGCGGCCGAGUGCAGAAGUCAAGACUGCUUUUCUCGAGGCUGCCCGCUCGGAACCGGGGAGAGCGCGCGUUCUACUUUUCGAAUCGGCGUCUCCGGAGUGUUGGGUCGGGAGGGUGGUGGGCCCUGAAUUUGGGGCAACCGGGUCACAUGGGCCAGUCUGGAGACGAUUUGCCAUAUUGGGAUUCAAUAAGCUCGCUCACGUUACCGCUGGAAACUCUUGGGGCUAUGGGGGAGUGGUGGAGGAGCCUGCCUACCCGCUCUGCCCCUUCCCUAGAAUUGUGCUCCCAUUGCAGCUUCGUUAGUUAUCAUGGUCUAUUCUAACCGUCGUGUACAAAGGACGAUUUUCCGGUCAUCUCCUGAGAUGUCAGUGGCAACCGUCAGACGAAAUGCUCAGCUGCAUUGGAAUUAUCCGUCUCACAGUCCUGCAGGACAGAGGCCCGAGGAUGGUUGAGUUUGGUGUUCUUUUCAUUGUCCGUGGAGCCUAACGGCAACCAGUCCGCAAGAAUCAGCCCUCCCCACCCUGAAUUGAGCUGCUUUUAAGAUGCUUAGAAGCCACAGGGCCAAGGAGGUCCUUGGCCAGACACUGGCUCUUCUGUCCCUCUGAGGCUUAGAAACUAGCCCCAGGAUGAAGGGGUUCAGGCGAGCUCAGUUUUGCCCGACACGCUCUGUGUUCAACUUGCCCUCCCCCGUCCCCAAGGGGUGACAACCCAACUAUUUCUGUUGUGGAAUUCUCCAAAAAUAUUUUUAUUAUGAAACUUUCCUGUUUUUUAUAUGUAUAUAUAUAUUAAAAAAAUUAGCAUUCAGGGAAAUUUUGUCAAUUAAAAAUACUGUAGCGUGCAAGUUGAAACGCUGAUGAGGCGGGUGCCAUUCCCUCUCUUGUAAGCAGUGCAUCGUCACUGUGCCCGUGCCCGGGAUGUGCCUUAAGAUCACGUGUGAUUGGACUCCUGCCUGUUAGCAGUCAAUCCCAUCAGCAGCCACGGCUUCAUUUUUGACUCUCAAGGACUCCCGAAGGUGGGGAGUAAGGUAAGGUUUUUACCCAGUGUAGCUUAGAGGUAGACUCUGUUCGCUGGGCACGGCGAGCAAGCCACUUUCUUCUCCCUAGGGGACUUCCUCUCCUCGGGGCCCAGCUAGGGCCUGAGCCUCAUCCAGUGGGAAAACCAUACAACACUGAACCCAGAUCAUAGAUAGAAACAUCUCUGACUCAGGGCCCGGGGGUAGGUGACGGAAGCUUAUGUAGAAACAUUUCCAGUGAGACCAGAGAAGGAAUUCCUCACACUAUGGAAAAACAGCAGAGGGUCAAGGGCUUUCACGGCGAGAGAGCCCUUUUGCCUCUCAUUUGGCUUGGGGUCCCUGAUGGAGAUUAGUUUGCGUUCGGAAAGGUGUCACAGCAUCCGGUUAAAUCUCAGAGCUCAGUGUCGUGGGUCCCAACUGAAGAUGCUCCCCGGAUGGCCAAAGUGGACCAUUUCUCAGGAUUCCUACAUUAAUUAGGUGUGUCGCUGCUCCCGAUGGCAGUUAAGUCCUCAUAGGGUCACAUGUUGAUUAGGUUUAAGACUCCCAUUAAGACCAAAUGCCCAAACUGGCUCGAGUGAUUGGAGAGGUGAGAUGUGACUACAACUAAAAUUUGGUCCAUUUGGCACGGGUGUGUACGUGUGUGUGUGUGUGUGUGUGUGUGUGCGUUUCUGUGUGUCUCUGUGUCUGGCUUCUGGGUGAUUGCAGUUUCCUUUCCUGACUCUGUUUUGGUUAAGCUCCUGUACACUUGAACUCUAGUGUUUCGCGGUGGACACUUUUUUUUAAAAAAAGAAAACAAAACUGUCAUAGGACACUCCAGGUGCCCCGCUGAUAGAGAGACUAGCCAUGUUCCCGACGGGCUUAAGGGAAGCCACGUCUGUUUUCAUUCUACCUCCCUGGUUGUGCUCAGCCAAUCAAAGCAUCACCACUGCAGAUGGAAUAACAUCAGUGAUAAGCAUCGGGGAAAAUCCUUUGGACAUCUUGUGUUUGGUUUAUUCAUUUGAGGCACAAAUGGGCUCACUUUGUCACCCCUUCCAGGGUAGCUGGGUUGAGCCUGGGGUCUGAGGGGAGUAGCACCCUUUCUUCUUGGGGAUUAUAAAGAACCGGGCUGUCAUCGAUUUUCCCAGGAAAUGUUCACUUUGUGUUUGUUCUAGAAUUCCAACAGUUAAUGUUCUGGAGGUGUUUGAUGACAGAGAAGCCGAGGCAGGUGUUGCUAACACGGACAUCUGUUCUCAAAUAAAUGGCCAACUGUCACGGUGCUAAAGUUUGAUCCCCUCUGGCUCUGAGGCUUGAAGUCAUGAACCGGUGUACAUAUCUUUCCUCUUAGCCUCCUCCUGCCCUUUUAAAACAUGCGAUGAAAAGGGUAUGCUUCUUAGUCAAGGGUAAGGAAGGCAUGCUUUUCAGGUUCUCAGGCCUAUGUGUUUCUAGGCCGUGCGGAAGUGGGACUAGUAAAUCCCAGUGGGUUUGCCCAGACAACACACACAAUUCUGAGCCCGUAGCUCUGUACUGGUUUUCUUAUUACUUCCAGGGGGACCGGACGAGUUUGGAGCAGUGGAAAAGCACUACACUUUCAGUAACAUUUGUUCAUAUUGUAGUAUAUAGUGGCCUGAGAGGUUGAUUUGUGCUGUAUAACUAAUGGAAACUUAAGUGGUUAAGAUGAUCGCUGGUUAUUUCAAAUAAAUGAUAAAAGUUGAA